GCUGAAGCCGUAAACAUAUUUUGAGCAUGUUCAAAAUAUUCUGACGUACCUAACGUGUGGGUCAUAGUUUCAUGCAUACGGAAAGUUACGUAAGACAUACGUGAUGACGUCAGAGGUACGGCAGUCGUAACCAUGGUCCAGGGUCCAUGUACUACAACUACAAAGGAUUCUACUCCAUUGUUCUGAUGGCGCUUGUAGAUGCGGACUACAAGUUCAUCUGGGCAGAUGUCGGUGGUAUGGGGUUAGGGUCAGACGCUCAGUUCUACAACCACUGUGAGCUGAAGGAAGGCGCCGAAAAUGGUACCAUAGGUUUCCCUGACCCGGAUCCUAUGCCCAACGGCACCCAGGAUGUGCCCUACUUCUGGAUCGGUGACAAUGCCUUCGCCCUACGCCACUACAUGAUGAAGCCGUACGGGCAGCGGGGUUUGACAAAGGAGGAAAGGAUCUUUGACUACAGGCUUUCCCGUGCCAGGAGAGUAGUAGAGAAUGCAUUCGGCAUCCUGUCAAACCGCUUCCAGGUCCUGCUGAGUACCAUGCAGCAUCACCCGUCCACUGUGAAGUUCAUCGUCACCACAUGCGUCAUCCUGCACAACAUGAUGAGGAUGCGGCACCCACGGCUCCAGAACCAGCAGCUUGACCGUGCAGAGAACACUAACCACUAUUAUGUCCCAGGUGCAUGGAGACUAGGCCAGAACCUAGAGGACACACAGACAGUGUCUGGACCACCCAACACCGCCUCCAUGGACGGAAAGACACAGAUGGAGCUCAUCAAACACUGGGUGAACUCACCAGGCGGUGCAGUUCCGUGGCAAUACAGGAUGAUCUAGGACAUGAACAUUUUGACAUGUUGACCACACACGUUUGUAUGACAUUAUUAUGUAUGAAUAAAAUAUGAAUAUAUCU